ACAUCUCUGUUCAAAACUACCUUAGGACAUUGGAAACAGACACCAUGAAAAUAGCUCUCGUCUUUCUUUUCAUUGCCCCUUUUGCUAUUUCAAGUAAAAUUGACAAGGACUACUCUUCCAUUGAUUCUGCACCUCCUGAGCCAAACUCAAGAUUUGCCAUGUUAGAUGAUGUGCGGAUUUUAGCUAAUGGGCUUCUCCAGCUUGGGCACGGCCUUAAAGACUUUGUCCACAAGACCAAGGGGCAAAUGAACGACAUCUUUCAAAAACUGAACAUUUUUGACAAGUCUUUUUAUGAGCUCUCACUGCAAACCAAUGAAAUCAAGGUAGAAGAAGAAGAGCUCAGAAAAACAACUUCCAGAUUGCAGGCCAACAAUGAAGAGAUAAGGAAUAUAUCCCUCGAGCUGAACUCAAAGAUUGAAGACCUAUUACAAGACAAGAUCCAGCUUCAAGAGAAAGUAGGGGGGCUGGAAGAGAAAGUAAUUAAAUUAGUCCACAUCCAGCCUGAAGUUCAAGAACCGAAAGAAAUGACUUCACUCAAAAAUUUUGUACAGCAACAGGACAACCACAUUAGGCAACUUCUCAAAGUUGUACAAGAACAGCAUGCACAACUUGAUAAACAGCACAAUCAAAUAAAGGAGCUGGAAGAGAAGCUAAGCAAUACAAGUUUCCAAGAAAACACAGAGAGUUCAUUUUCUCUGAAGCAAACUGAACCAAAGAUCAUUCCCCUUCCUUCACAUAAUUCCACAGCUCCAGUUCAGGAAUUCAAUGGUGUUGCUACUGAUUGCACUGCCCUUUAUAAGAGAGGUGAACGGACGAGUGGCAUUUACUCUAUUAAACCCAACGGAUCUGAAGCUUUUAAUGUCUAUUGUGAAAUGAAAUCUGACAGCUCAUGGACAGUCAUUCAAAACAGAGUUGAUGGAUCACUAGAUUUCAACCAAACCUGGGAGAGCUAUGCAAAUGGUUUUGGAGAUCUCAAAGGGGAAUUUUGGUUGGGACUAGCGAAGUUAUAUUCCAUUGCUAACCAAGCUGACUACAUUUUACGUAUUGAGCUGAAAGACUGGAAAGAUAAUAAACGUUACGUCGAGUACACAUUCACCCUGGGAAGCCCAGAAACAGACUACACACUUCAUCUUUCAGAGAUCUCAGGGAAUAUUCCCAAUGCACUGCCUGAACAAACAAAACUGAGGUUCUCUAUGAUGGAUCAUGACAAUGCUACAAAGAGAGAUUUCAACUGUCCAGAAAGAUAUUCAGGUGGCUGGUGGCACAGAGCGUGUGGGGAAACCAAUCUGAAUGGAAAAUAUAUCAAACCAAGAUCAGAAGGAAAACUGGAAAGGAGACGAGGAAUAUACUGGAAGCCUCAGAAAGGAAGAUUCUAUUUGAUCAAGUCAACCAAACUGAUGAUACAUCCUACGGAUUUAGAAAGUUUUGAGUGAAACCUCAUUCUGAUGUGUUUAAUUGGACACAUAUUCACUGAACAUUAAACAUAACAUGAACUAAUAAUCAGGGCUGAAUGCCCAAAUACAAGGCAUUACAUAUAUUCCAUACUACUCAAUGAUACAACACGGAGGAGUCUGCUAUGGUCUUAUGGUAUAUUUUGAGAAUAUUAUUAUUUUUUCCAAUAUAAAUAUAUUUCAAGUUCAAAACUACGUACGCAUCCCCACCUUUGAACACUAGUGCCUAGAAACUGGAUGUGUUUUUGAUAUUUUGGCAGACUGUAUUGCAUGUGGACAAGAAUUUUCAGGCCAAUGCAUUCGUUUCUGGAUUAUGUAGAGGAGAAUAAUCAAAAUGUUUCAAUAAAAAUAACAGACUGA